CGCAGGCGCAGACGGCGGGGCCUGGCGCGCAGGCGCGGGAGUAGACGUCUGACGCGCCCCGCCCCCGCGCCGUCGCUGGGACCUGCGAGGCGGUCCAGCACGUCUCAAACUGGCCCCAGCCACUGCAUCAGCUUCUCAAGUGGGCAGGGCUCCUGCUUCCACUGUCUGCUCAGCUCACUGCCCAUCUGGAUCCCCGAGGACUUGUCGCCAAUCUUCCAGUGACUUCAGCUCGCUGUGCCAGGAUAAGUCCAGACUCCUCUUGGCCUGUGAGUGGUGACUCCUCCAGUGGCUGCAGCAUCUUCCUCUCUCUCCCGGUCACCUGACUCAGAGCCGGUAGGAUGUUUCACGGGAUCCCAGCCACUCCUGGCAUGGGAGCCCCUGGAAACAAGCCGGAGCUGUAUGAGGAAGUGAAGCUGUACAAGAAUGCCCGUGAGCGGGAGAAGUACGACAACAUGGCAGAGCUGUUUGCAGUUGUGAAGACAAUGCAGGCCCUGGAGAAGGCAUAUAUCAAGGACUGCGUCACCCCUAAUGAGUACACUGCAGCCUGCUCCCGACUCCUGGUCCAGUAUAAGGCGGCCUUCCGGCAGGUCCAGGGCUCAGAAAUCAGCUCCAUUGAUGAAUUCUGCCGCAAGUUUCGCCUGGACUGCCCGCUGGCCAUGGAGAGGAUCAAGGAGGACCGGCCCAUCACCAUCAAGGAUGACAAAGGCAACCUGAACCGCUGCAUCGCCGACGUGGUCUCGCUCUUUAUCACGGUGAUGGACAAGCUGCGCCUGGAGAUCCGAGCCAUGGAUGAGUGGGCGCUGUUCCUUCAGAUCCAGCCUGACCUGCGGGAGCUGAUGGAGACCAUGCACCGCAUGAGCCACCUGCCCCCUGACUUUGAGGGCCGCCAGACGGUCAGCCAGUGGCUGCAGACCCUGAGCGGCAUGUCGGCCUCAGAUGAGCUGGACGACUCCCAGGUGCGCCAGAUGCUCUUCGACCUGGAAUCAGCCUAUAACGCCUUCAACCGCUUCCUGCACGCCUGAGCCCUGGCCCCCCAGACCCACCUUCCACCUUGGUUCCCACUUCUCCGGACACCUGCUGCCCACGACCACCCGUCUGUGUCUGUUCAUGCGUCUGGAGUCCCCUCUUCCCAAUAAAGCUGUUUUCUGAUCUC